UAAACACAAGAUUUGUUCUUCAGCUCAGACUCAGAGACGAUAUUUCGUCCUCAAGGAUGCAUCAAUGCUCGAAAAAACGUCCUUUUCAUCGACCGUCUUUCCUCUGUAUUCCAACAGAGUUCCACUUAUUGGUGCUAAUUCCCCAGACUGAAGAUAAUAGAAGCGGAGUUGAUGCGGGGAUUUUGACCGGUUAUCAGCGGGUCCUUCUAUCAGGGAGCUCACCACAGAGUACAUGUCUUAUUGUUCGCUCUCGUGACCAUUUUUCGUGCUUGUAACACUACUAUACCACUGAACUCGUCUCUACUGACAUGGAAAUUCUCCUGGUAUUUUGUAUUUAGUUGGUUGAAAACUUGACCGCAACUGAUUGAUUGAUAUUCCUGAACGGACUGUGACAGUUAUGGUGCUCUUAGACUACCUGCAACAUCGUCGAGCUUGGUAGGGCCCCUUCAAGAUUGCCAAUCUCUUCAUGUAACUCAAGAGUGCUUACUCGAAUAACAUGUCUUACUAAUACUAUUGAAGCCAGUUCAAGCAAGAAGAACGAACAUCUCGCAUCAAGAGACUGGCAUCAUACCAUGCUCCUUUCACUGUCCUGGAUCGAGAGAUUGUGAACAAGCCAAUUGAAGAACUAGUCCAAGCUGUCCAAAAAGACCCAAGUAAGGCUUCAGAUAUUCUUCAUACAUAUGGUAAGGUUGCCCUCAGGGCACACGAAAGAACGAACUGUGUAACAGAAGUCCUGCUUUCUUCGGCUGAGCAAUGGCUCACGGAUGGGUCCCUUAACCUCAAAGGACCUCUAGCUGGUGUACCUGUCAGCCUGAAAGACACGGUUGAAGUGGGAGGAUACGACAGCACUGUAGGUAUGAGCACACAUGCUGGGAAGCCCCUUGCACAUGAUGGAAAUACUGUCAGAAUACUCAAAGACGCUGGGGCUGUUCCGUAUGUCAAGACCAACGUCCCCAUCACACUCCUCAGUUUUGAGUCAUCUAAUGACAUUUGGGGCGAGACAACGAAUCCAUACAACAAAAGAUACACUGCCGGUGGCUCAACGGGAGGCGAAGGUGCCUUGCUGGCAUUGGGAGGCCGAGUUGGAAUUGGAAGUGAUGUUGCUGGAAGUGUUCGCUGCCCGGCUCACUUCUCUGGCUGCUACGCACUUAAAUGUUCAACAGGGAGAUGGCUUAAGACAGGGGUGGUCACAAGUAUGCCAGGGCAAGAUGGUGUUCCUGCAGUGUACAGUCCCAUGGCGCGUACACUCAACGACCUGACCUAUUUCACUCGAUCGAUCAUCCAGAUGAAACCUUGGACUUAUGACUAUUCUUGUCACCCGUUACCUUGGAGAUCCGAUAUUGAGAAAGAGUUCUCCGAGAAGAGGAACUUACGAGUCGGAAUUCUUCGAACAGACGGUGUCGUGGAUCCCAGUCCCGCUUGCCGAAGAGCAUUGGAGAUGACCGAAUCUGCUCUACGAAACGCAGGCCAUGAGAUCGUGGAGAUUGAUCCUCCUUCUCCUUAUGAAGCUCUAUGUCUAGCCUCAAUCCUUCUCUGCAGCGACGGCCUCAAGACUGUCAAAUCCUUCUUUCGUUGGGGAGAGUGGAACGACCGAGGUGCUGCCCAAAUGAGCCUCUAUUUCAGCCUUCCUCGACCUGUGAAGUACUUGCAUUACCUUUGGGUCAAGUAUGUUCGAGGAGACGCUAUAUGGGCUGGACUCUUGCGGAACUGGCAUCCUCAAUCCGGAUACGAGAUCUGGCAGCUCAAUGCCAAGCGCGAGCUUUAUAAGAGGAAAUGGUUUGAGUGGUGGGAUAACUCUGGUGUUGACUGCUUGAUCGCCCCUCCCAAUGCUACUCCAGCUGUUCCUCAUAGGGGCAUGCAUGAUGCAUGUAGCAGCUGUGGCUACACCUUCGUGUUCAACUUGCUCGACUAUACCGCUGGCGUCUUGCCCGUGACACAUGUCGACCAGACACGGGAUCAAUUGCCAGGAGACUUUAGCCUCAAUAGUCUCAACGGCAUUGCGCAGGGCGCAUAUAAACUGUACAAUGCGAACGCCAUGCAUGGAUUACCCGUAGGUGUUCAAGUAAUUGGCCGCCGGUUAGAAGAGGAGAAGGUACUGGCAAUCAUGAAGAGAAUCGAGGAGGCCAUGGGUGACAAUACUUUUCCUUUACUAGAUGUAGAUUAGAACCAAACCCGUCAGACACGCCCUUUUGCUAUUCUCUUUCCUAUCCAGACAUCUGUUUAUGUAGAUAACACACCCAAAUCAGUUCAAAUGCUAUGGUAUCAGACAACAUCAACAGGUUUGAAUUUAUCCCUCUUUUAUGUUUCCUCUUCUUUCCACAAGCACAUGCGUCUUUCUCACCUACGUCGUCCUGUCACAACAAAGUCAAUUUUGCCAAACUCAUCCACUACCGGCUCUUCCCCAGCAGAACAAGUGUACUGUUGGUUGGCCCCAUGCUCAAUAUCAAAACCUUUGUUGCCCCAUGCCUUCUCCAUCUUCUGGCGGAAUUGCGUCUUGGGCUUGCCAGCCUGAAUACGCUUCUUUUCGAAGAAAACAUAAGCCGCAUAGAAGGCGAUGUUGGUGUUGCCAUCGCGGACCCCCUUUCGGCCCAUGAAGUACCGCAUAUUGGCCGGGGAUACGCUUUUUCCUUCGGGGAGGUUCUUAUUGAGAGCGCGGAUGAAAGCUGCUUGUGUCAUUCCCUCCUUGGCUAACAUAGGCCGAAUCUUCUUGCGGAUCUCGUCGCAGGUGUCGUAAAUGGGAACUGUUCCGUCUGCCUCACCAGGAAGGGGGUCAACGUUGCUCACAUCAAGAACUUCUUCAAGGGCCUUGGCGGAAGCAGCUGUCUUUGCUUUCAUAGGUUUGUUGGCCUUGAGGGGGAGCCCCUGAAGCUCACGCUUUUUGAAGAAGAUAUGGGCUUUGGUGUACGUAUCGGUGUUCUCGCCGUCCCAUGUGCCAGUCCGGUUCAUAAAGCUAUUGUAGGAUUUGCCACUGACUCCAAUGGUUUUCUGAAACUCGCCAACUUUUUGAGCACCUGAGUCGAUCCAGUUACGAAUCUUACGACGAAUGGCAUUGCAAGUGUCUGAGUCAUGAAAAGCUAGGCGUUCAUCUUCGCUGUCUAUAUCCGACACAUUGUCGGGGAAAAGAUCCUCUUGGGUGUUGUCAGGACCAACAUCAGCCUUGCGCUUCCUAGAGCUGGUGGUUGUCGUAGCUGGAGCUGGAGCCGGGAUUGGCGGUGCUCCAGAAGGCAUUCCUCUUGCCAUAGAUGAGGUAUUCAUAAGCAAAGGUGGACCGCCUGAUGCUUGAGCCCCGGAUGUGUGUGGAACAAAUGGUGGUGGUGGGUUGUAGUAGGCAGGAGAAGUUGAGUUGUUGGGGAUGGGACCAGGAACAGGAACAAGAGGAGGCGCGGGGUUGUUGGAAACAGGCAGAGGACCAGCCUUGUUAUAGACAGGCUGAUGGUUAUACACAGGCAGGGCUGGGUUUGGAGCAGAUGGGUGAGGUAGGUUGAGAGCUGGCAUGCUUGGUAGGCUCCGAGGUGGGAUAUUAGGACACGGCUGGCUCAUUUGUAGCAUGGCCUGUCUAGGCGACCAAGACCAACCUGACAUCUCUUCUGGCAGAAAUUAAGUUGAGAAUCUCGGAGGAAAUUAAGGGAAGCUUAAGAUGCCAGCCAAGGCAAGGUAGAGAAGGUAAAAGCGACAACUGCCGAACUAUGACGUUUGUGUAGGUCCGCGCAUUUUUACGCGUCGAGCUUGGGCUUCCAGCUGAACGAUAAGGUAACAAGCGGCG